CCGCUCGUUAUCGUGGGAUUCCCCUCAAUUGCUGUUGUUAUCGCCAUUAUUCUUCCAGGACAAGGGGAGUUUGUUCCACGUUCCAUUGUUUGUACCCUAGUUGAGCCAGUUGUUGAAUUCACCAUGCGUCUGCAAUUGUCAAGUUCGUCCGAUAUGGCUUACGGGGAAAUCCUGAACAAGUACCGACCGGAUCUCAGACCAUUCGAAGAUGUUUAUCGUCGCUUGCACAGCUCCCCCGAGUUAUCCGGUCAGGAAGAGCAGACUGCGGCGGUUGCUGCGGAAUUCCUCACAGAUCUAGGCUACGAGGUCCACACGCAUAUUGGUGGAUAUGGUGUGGCAGGCGUCUUGAGGAAUGGGCCUGGUCCUACCGUGCUUGUACGGGCUGAUAUGGAUGGGUUGCCUGUGGAGGAGAAGACGGGUUUGCCUUAUGCGAGUAAGAAGAGGGUAAAGGAUGCCCGUGAUGGUGUGGUAAAGCACGUAAUGCAUGCUUGUGGGCAUGAUACGCAUGUUACCACUCUUGCGGCGGCUGCGACACUCUUGCAUUCCGCCCGCAGCCACUGGAGUGGGACAUUGGUCUGCAUUUUUCAGCCGGCUGAAGAACAUCUCGAUGGUGCCAAGGCUAUGAUCGUCGAUGGUCUGUACGAAAAGGUCCCCAAGCCAGACUACGUACUUGCGCAGCACGUCAUGAAGAUGAGGACAGGCUCGGUAGGGAUUCGUGCCGGACCCAUGCUCACUGCGUCGGAUGCGUUGGAUGUGCGAAUCUUUGGAAAGGGAGGCCAUGGUUCUGCUCCUCAUGUGUGCAUCGACCCUGUUCUCAUCGGUGCUUCCAUUGUCACUCGAUUGCAGAGCAUUGUAAGCAGGGAAGUUACCCCGGGACAGCUCGCUGUCGUCACCUGCGGUAGUAUCCAUGCCGGGAAUGCUGCGAAUAUCAUACCUGACCAUUUGGAUCUCCAGCUGAGCAUUCGAACCUAUAAUCCGAUCAUCCGUGAGCGUGUCCUAGCGGCUGUCCACCGGAUCAUUGAGGCGGAGUGCGAUGCUGCCGGAACUGUUGAGAAGCCAGUUAUCAAGACGGUCUCAUCAGCCCCGGCCACCGUCAAUGACGAAGGCAUGGUGAAGAUCCUCCGGGCUACCUUUUGUUCCUAUUUCAAGGAGGAUCUCGUAGAGGCAGAACCCGCGACUGCUAGUGAAGACUUCUCUCUCCUUGCAACAGAGGUUGGAGCACCAUAUGUGAUGUGGGGUUUCGGGGGCACAGAUGCCAAAACAUGGGAUGAUGCCGUUGCUAAAGGUACGGUGGACAAGUUACCGAGUAAUCACUCACCAUAUUUUGCGCCAGUCAUCGAACCCACUCUUAGGACUGGCGUGGAUGCAAUGGCUCUCGCUGCCUUGACUUUUCUGUGGGGAAAAACAUCAUCCCAGUGAACCGGAAACCAAAAGAAGUAUAUUAUCCAGAAUUGCACUUCAAAAAUUAGAAAAGAGAUUUGUUUCCCAAGUUCAAAUCAAAUAGCUCCCAACCACAUAUACGAUCAAGGUUUCUUGGAGACAUGAACGACAAUCUUGCCUCGCGACCUUCCCGACCGCUGUCUUUCAAUAGCUUUGAUCGCGUCCUCAAACUCAAAGACACUAUCCAGAGUCACCUUGAUUUUGCCUUGUUGGACCCACUCCCCUAGCUGGACAAGGUGUUCAUGCGUAUUUUUAUAGAAAAAGAUGCUAUAGUUCCUCUUUCCCCCGCCAAGAAAUCCGGGCCAUAACAAUCUGCCAGCGAAAGUCCCUAUCCAAUCCGCGCCAACCUGGACAAAUGUCUUCCCAGGGAGCAAAUAAUGAUGGGAUUCGCUGUACAGAUUCCGUGGAAAGCCGAUAUGAUCAAUAGCAUGGCUGUAUACUUGGCCAUGACUCUUAAGGGCUUUCACAACAUCCUCGGAUGUAUAGUCAAUCACCUCAUCCGCUCCCAGGUCCUUGCAGAACUGCACGUUCCUCUUGGAGCAGGUAGUCGUAACAUGGCAUCCAAGUGUCUUCGCUAUUUGAAUGGCGAACAUCCCGCAACCCCCCGAGCCGGCAUUGAUAAACACCUUAUCUCCCGCCGAGACAUACGGCGCAAGAGACUGGUACGCCGUCUGUCCAGCAAUACCCACAGCUGCAAUCUGAUCAAGAUCAACCCCCGCGGGCACCGGGGCUAUCUGGUCCUUUCUGCUCACAACAUACUCGCCGAGUGACCCAAAUUGGGAGGGCAUGUCGAGACACCCGUAGACGAAUUGACCCGGGUGAAACUCGGAGACAGCGUCGCCAACGGCCGUAACUCUGCCACAGAAGUCCAUUCCUGGGGACGCGGGUAUGCUGGUAAUCAACUUGCCUACUAGUACCAUCUCGGGUACUUUGUAGUCGGCCGGGUUUAUACAGGCGGAAAUGACCUGGGUAAGUACCUGGUCUUUCCGCAGCGGUGGCGGUACACGGGCACAUUGGUCAAGAUUGAGGUUUUUCUCAAGGCCCCCCCAGGUGCUGGAGUAGAGCCAGGCUUUCAUUGUAGUUGGUGGGUUUGACAUGGUGCAGUUAGGCUAGAUAGUUUCUAGGAUAGUAUCUUCGCAUUUGAGAGUUUUGUUUGAACACUCAUACGAGGCCGUACGAAAAUACAGAGCACGGAAAGCUUGGUCUGCUAGCCUGGGCUGAAGUAGAGGAAUGUAACGAUGAAGAAGUUGUUGGUGU